AUGAACUCACGAUGCAGCAUCUGCCUCGAGACCCUCGGCGAAGGGAAUUCUCCCAUGACCACUCUCUGCGGCCACCUCUACUGCGUCGACUGCGCGACGUACAACUUCGCCUCUGACGACGCCACAUGCGCCAUCUGUCGCCGGCCGCAUACUCUUGAUGAAUUAAUCAAGCUCUACCCAGACUACGAGCGCGCAAAAGAGGGGCCCUCGACGUCUACAGGACGGUUGGGCGUGGAGGCCGUCGGAAACGACCUGCUUGAGGCAUGCCGUACAGUGCUGCAGAAAGACGCUGUGCUUGAUGAGGCCGCACUCCGGCCUGCAUUGGCGAGGGCAGAUCAUCUCGUGGAAGAGCUGUCCGAGCACGAGGACGACGCACCUUACAUCCCAAAUCUCCUCUCGAACAUCAUCGAAGUUCUCACAGAUAUCCGCUCGAAGUUUGAACAAGCGUCAUGUAUCCCCGCGCUUGAAGCAGACAGAGAUAAAUAUCGUGUCGUCGCGCGCAAGCUCAGUCACAAACUCAAGGAAGCCGUUCGCUCUCGGGAAGCAGAGCGCCUGCGAUUUGGCGUAGAGCUCGCCGAACUGCGCGCGGAGUGCUCUGCGCAGGCGUCUGAGCUACAAACAAAGCUUCAGGAAACUUCGAGUGCGCUUGCGACAGAUCGCGCCAAAUUGGAGGCGAGCUUCGCCGUAGCCAAGGAGCUGGAUGCACAGAUGAAGCAGUGCCGCACUCAAGCUGCGCGAUACAAGAAGAAAUACUACGCAUUGAGAAAGGAACACGACACGUAUAGGAAUGGCGUCGAAGACGCUUUCUUCGCAGACGACACCUUCGAGAUUGUUGACUGA